UCGAGCAUACGACAUUUGUCUUCAGUCAGAAGCGAAACGAACGACAAACAUGGAAAACACUCCAGCUGUAGUGGAGCGGAAGCGGGAACCCCUGUACUCAUGGUGUAUUGCAUUUGCAUGCUUCUGGCUCAGUUUUCUCACUGUAGGAUUGCAUAGAUCGGCAGGAGUCAUAUAUGUAUCCGUCAUACAUGUAUUUAAUAUUAGCAGGGAACAAGCAACAUGGCCAUUCAGUUUAUGUGGUUCACUUAUGUGUCUCUUAGGUCCACUGGCAGGUUUUCUGACACAUUAUUUCAGUAUUCGAAGUAUAUUAGUUAGUGGUGUAUUGGUGUCCGCUGUUGCAAUUGCAGCAUGUUUUUUCACUCCGUCGUUGAUGUACCUCAUCAUAUUCUUUGGACUUUUCAGAGGAAUUGGUAAUGGACUUGUUGUCACGCUCAAUCCCGUCCUCAUACAUCAGCAUUUUAAGCACCGUAAAGCGACUGCUACUGGUAUUGCAUACGCUGGUGCAUCAGUGGGUUCAUUUGCUCUUCCACCUCUCAUCGAGUACUUACUGGCCGCCUAUGGAUUUAAAGGCUGUUUCCUGAUCUUGGGAGCCAUAAUACUAAAUGGCCUUAUACCUGCCUUCAUGGCUCGAGAUCCUCCUGCACCGACGCAAGCUGCAAUAGCCAGUAAGAAAACGAUUGGUGGCAAACUUGCACUGUUAGAACCGAAAGUUGGCAUUGGAGCAAAUCAUGCGUCUACAGAAUCCACCGCAGUGGAUGAUGUCUCCCCUACAGAACCACUUGUCGUCAAGAAUGAAACCACAGGUGAUGUCUCAACUCACCAAAUCAUUCUUAUUCCUAAUACAAAUGAACACGUAGAUGGCAACGACACGGAACACCAGUGCAAAUCUCCAAAUGGCACCCAACAGAAUGGUGAUUAUCGGCUUCUGUGUAAUAAUACUGAAGCUCCUUCCUCACCUGCUCGAUGUCCUGUACUCGGUACAGCUACACCCAUUACUUUGUUUCAAAAGAUGAAGCAAAGAGAAGACGGUGUAUUUGGCCAAUUCCGACACACUGCUCAAAUUCUUACUAAUCCUGUUUAUCUAGCCAUAUGCAUAACAUUCGGCUGCAAUGUAGUCAACUUCAUUGCCUAUUUAACUGUCAUCGUGGAUUUCGCCAGAGACAGAGGCAUUGAUGAACCAGAUGCGGUCUUCUUGGUAUCAGCUUUUUCCGUCGGUGAUCUUUUCGGAGCCGUUUGUUUGGGCUGGAUAUCCGAUUUCAAGUGCUUAAAGAGGAAAUAUACAGUGAUGUUUUGCUUUGCUGCCAUGGGAAGCUUGCUUCUUGUACUUCCUAUGUGCGAGACACAUGCUCUUUUCUUGGCCGUUUCAGUAUGUAUGGGAGUUUUCAAUGGAUGUGUUAUGACAAAUGUUCCUGUUGUCAUGAGGGAGUACUUAGGACUUGAAAGGCUAGCGGUUGCUGUUGGACUGGGACAUUUCUUCGUGGGAGUUGGUCAGCUACUAUUUCCUAUGUUAAUAGGUUAUUUUCGGGAUAAUGUUGGAACCUAUGACCAUCUCUUCACUACUCUUGGAAUUAUGUGUCUGAUAUGUUCUUUAAUGUGGGUGUUAGAACCUCUGUUCAAGAAACUUAAACCUUGAAUUGACUUUUGAACUUGAUCUUGAUGAUCUGCUUGGAAGAAGUCUGAAAAUGGCUUCUUCGUCUCUAUUGUGAUAUGCAUUUGACAUUUGCAAAUUUCAAGUAAAUGUGCACAGCGUAGCCUCUUAAAAGAAACGAUGAAAAUUUAUUUGGCUGUGUGAUAGAAUAACUAUCGAUUUAUACUUAAAGCCCGUUUGGUGGCUGGAGCUUUGUUGGACUUGGUUUUUAAAUUAAUCAUUAAGUUUUGUGUCGUAAUACUGAAAAUGAUGAAGAUGUUUUAGAUCACACUUUCUUUACUUUCUUCACUGUCAUUCUAUGUAGCAAUACUUAAUACUGAAGGGAGUGCUUGCUUAGUCAACUUUUUUAUAAUACUAAAAUGGGUUAUAUCUACCGUCCAGAGUAAUUCAAAGAAUCCCCAGAGAAGAAGUAAACGGCAUAAUCUGUUGUUUUCGUCAUUUUUUAAUAGAACUGACUGUCGUUGAAAUAUCUCUACUGACUUCUCCGGAUGUGAUAACGAUAAAACUUCCGCCAAAAAUAACUCCGAUAUGGCAUAUUCAGAAACAGUCGCUUUCUAGAAGUAAUUCUGAAAAGUGUUCCAGAAGCAUGAAAAUGUUCGUGCAUAGUAAAAAUAUAAUUUACGCUUUUCUAUAAUUAUUCCGUCCACAUUAAGCAGCAUCCAAUACUUAUAGAAGGCUGAUAAAAUAGAAAAGGUCGGAAAAGCAUUUUAUGAGGGAGCGUUUUAUGUAAUUCCUAAAUUAUUCGUGCUAUUUAAAGUAAACAAUAUAGCUUUAUACAUUAAAUAAUAAGUAGAAAUAUAUUCUUAUACUUGAAGUUGCCGAUCGUGAUAGGUAGCUAAAGCUUGAAAAAUGGGAAAAUUAAGGCAAUUGCCAAACAUUUCCCUUAAGUUAGCCAUUGUUUGACAUUGAAAACGUUGAAACAAUCGGUAAACAAUCGGUGAGCACUAGCGGAGUUAUGUUUAUUAAGAAAACUGCAACACAAUAACAGCGUAUUAAUUUUUAAGUGAACGGAACAAUUCUCUUGUUUUGUGUGGUUUCAAUCAUAAAAUUUUCAGCUGUUCAUACAGUCCUAAAAAGAUAAAGGAAAAUACAAUACAUAAAAAAUUAUUUGCUGUUUAAAUCCUCUUUUCUAUGAUAUAUGUGUUCUUUAAGAAUAAUAAAAUUAUCUAUGUUAAAAUGAAAUUUUCUUCUUUGAAGCAGUAUUAUAGAAUUAGAUUUGUGUUUGAAGGUGCACAUAGAGUUCAUUACCAUUUUUCAUGUAUGUUUAUUAUGUAAUCAUUACAAUAUUGUGUUCGCUGCUAUUUCAGUUUUGAUGCAAACAGAGGUAACUCCACCAAUUGAACGUGAUACUUGGACAAAUUAUUUAUAGGUUCAAAAGAGUUAAAAGAAAUAUAGCUGUCUUUCAUGACAAUUGAAUUGUUGCUUUUUUUAAUGCGUGUAGAUAUGUUAUUUGUAUUUUGUUUAAUAAAAAUAAAUGUGUAUAAAAUCAC